AUGAUGAUUAUUGACUUUAAAACAUGAGCCAACAGCUGAAAACUGUAGGGAAAUGGCAGAGUAGACCUCGUUUUCAAGAACUACAACAACAACAAAAAACAGGAGGAAAGAAUUUCAGUAUUUGUUACGAGAAACACUGACAUCUCCUGGUAGAUAAUGGCAACGUAUCAAUAUUAAUGAAAUCAGUCUGCGCAGUUCAACAUGAAUUGAAGAUGUAUUACCAAAUGCUAACGUUACCAUUUUGACAGUACAUUUUAAGAUACCGCUAACAUUUUUUAGUUUGAAAACUUUUUACAGAGAUGAAACGUAUAUAUGCAAUUUUUCAUUUGACUGCAGGCACAUGGGGAGAUAGGCAAAGGCACAUUUUUAUUUUUACAAAGGCUAAUUUGUAACCACUAUUUUUGUGGUGCUGUGGUCGCUUCUCCAAGCCUUUGAUCUAACCGCCCGACUAAAAGCAUGUUCGAUCCUCCCAUCUGUCAGAUUUCUGGCAAAUCAUAGAGCAGUCCUCAUGCAAGUGAGUUGUCGCUGAACAAGAAACUCGUUUUUUUUUUUGUACACCAUGGCAAAGCAGUACGACGUUUUGCUCAGGUUGCUGCUUUUAGGAGAUUCCGGGGUUGGAAAAACCUGUUUGAUGUGCAGGUUCACGGAUAAUGAAUGUCAUUCAUCGCAUAUCUCUACAAUUGGAGUGGAUUUCAAAAUGAAAACGUUAAAAAUAGAUGGCAUUAAAGUGCGAGUACAGAUCUGGGAUACUGCUGGCCAGGAACGGUACCAGACCAUCACCAAACAGUACUACAGACGGGCACAGGGUUUUAUCCUGGUGUAUGACAUCACUAGUUCCCGUUCCUUUCAGCACAUUGUGAAGUGGGCUAGCGAUGUGGAUGAGUUUGCCCUUGACAAGGUGCAGAGGAUCCUGGUGGGGAACAAGGCUGAUGAGGAGCAGAAGAGGAAAGUGCCUAAAGAACAAGGCAACAAGCUAGCAAAAACCUAUGGAAUGGAAUUCUUUGAGACAAGUGCCUGCACCAACUGCAACAUAAAUGAGUCGUUCACCCGGUUGACAGAGCUGGUCCUGCAUGCUCACAAGAAAGAGAUGGAUGCCUUCCAGGGUUCAAUUGAUAAAUACCUAGACAUGACUUAUCUGGAGGGAGAGCAGGACAAACAAGACAACUCCCAAAAGACCUGCGCAUGUUAGCAUGAGGCAAAGCUCUCAACCUGGGGGUGUUUGGCUAAAAUAUUUUGUCGUUUUUGCAAUACCCCUUGCCCUGUAACAUAAUGGCAUUGAAAUGAUGAGUAACUUAUUAAAUGUGUGAGGACAGUUGAAGUCGGAAGUUUACAUACACCUUAGCCAAAUACAUUUAAAUUCAGUUUUUCACAAUUCCUGACAUUUAAUCCAAGUAAAAAUUCCCUGUCUUAGGUCAGUUAGGAUCAUCACUUAAUUUUAAAUGUGAAAUGUCAGAAUAAUAGUAGAGAGAAUGAUUUAUUUCAGCUUUUAUUUCUUUCAUCACAUU